AUGCGUGUGUCGACAUAUCCCACGAUGCACUGUGCCAGCCCGGGUCUUCUCCUCCUCAGUUUCCUCUUUCUCGCCGAUGCUGACUCUCCUCCAAGAUUUACCCGAACCCCAGAAGACCAGACAGGAGUCCAAGGUGGAGUAGCAUCAUUUGUAUGCCAGGCCGCUGGCGAGCCACAGCCCAAGAUUGUGUGGAACAAGAAAGGCAAAAAAGUUAGCAACCAGAGAUUUGAGGUAAUUGAGUUUGACGACGGGUCCGGUUCGGUCCUGAGGAUCCAGCCUCUGAGAACCCCCAGAGAUGAGGCUAUUUACGAAUGUCACGCCUCCAACUCGGCAGGAGAGCUCACCGCCUCCACCAGACUAAGUGUGCUACGAGAGGACCAACUGCCUUCGGGGUUCCCCACCAUAGAUAUGGGUCCCCAGCUGAAAGUGGUAGAGCGCUCUCGGACCGCCACCAUGCUCUGUGCGGCUAGCGGAAACCCUGACCCAGAAAUUACUUGGUUCAAAGAUUUCUUGCCAGUCAACACAUCCAAUAAUAAUGGACGAAUCAAGCAGCUGCGCUCAGGUGCACUGCAGAUUGAAAUGAGCGAAGAGUCUGACCAGGGCAAGUAUGAAUGUGUUGCCACCAACAGUGAUGGAACUCGCUAUUCUACUCCAGCAAACCUCUAUGUUCGAGUACGUCGUGUCCCCCCUCGCUUCUCUAUUCCCCCAGCGGACAGCGAGAUCAUGCCAGGGGGUAACGUCAACAUCACCUGCGUGGCAGUAGGCUCACCGAUGCCCUAUGUAAAGUGGAUGCUGGGAGCAGAGGAUUUAACCCCAGAGGAUGAUAUGCCCAUCGGCCGUAAUGUCCUUGAACUGACGGAUGUGCGGCAGUCUAAUAAUUACACCUGUGUUGCCAUGUCUACCCUCGGCGUUAUUGAGGCAGUGGCGCAGAUUAUUGUAAAGGCUCUCCCUAAGGCUCCUGGCACACCUGUCGUGACUGAGCGAACUGCAACAAGCAUCACUCUCACCUGGGACUCUGGCAACCCAGAACCUGUCUCUUAUUAUAUCAUACAACAUCGUUCCAAAGGCUCCGAGGACCCCUAUAAAGAGAUUGAUGGCAUUGCCACCACUCGCUAUAGUGUGGGUGGCCUGAGCCCUUACUCCCAUUAUGACUUCCGCGUGGCAGCUGUUAACACCAUCGGGCAGGGUCCCUCCAGCGAAGUGGUGGAGGCUCGCACAGCAGAGCAGGCGCCCUCCUCACCUCCUCGACAAGUCAGAGGUCGCAUGCUGAGUACCACAACUGCAAUCAUCCACUGGGAUGAGCCAGAGGAACCAAACGGGCAGGUAGUGGGCUACAGGGUGUACUACACCUCAGACAACACACUGCCAGUGAACCAGUGGGAGAAGCAGAUGGUGCGGAGUGCCAAUUUCAUUACCAUUCAGAGUUUGACUCCUAACAAGACAUAUUACAUCAGAGUGUUGGCUUUCACCUCUGUUGGAGACGGCCCUCUUUCCCAGGAUCUGCAAAUCAUCGCCAAAACUGGUGUCCCAUCCCAGCCAUCAGACUUCAAAGGAGAGGCCAAAUCUGAGACAAGUAUCCUGUUGUCCUGGAUAGCUCCACCCCAGGGUGGCCCUGACAACCAGAUCACAGGAUAUGAACUGGUUUAUCGACGAGCAGACGAUACAGAGGAGAAAAAAGUGAGCUUUGAGCCAACAAGCUCCUACCUGUUGAAGAACCUCAAGCCUUUCUCAGCCUACACUUUCCAGUUAGCUGCCCGUAGCAAACAUGGCAUUGGUGCAUACACCAACGAGAUUUCUAUUGACACGCCUCAGACGCUUCCUUCAGCACCUCCCCAGGACAUAACAUGCACCAGCCCCACUUCUACCAGCAUCCUGGUAAGUUGGGCACCACCACCUUUGGAGUUUCAGAACGGCAUCAUUACGGGAUACACCAUCCAGUAUUCAACUACCGGGGGCAACAAAACAUCCAAAAGGAUUGACGGCAUUCCUACGGAAGGUUCUCCGUAUCUCUUGGAAAACCUUGAGAAAUGGACUGAGUACGGAAUAACAGUGCGGGCGCUGACGGAAGCCGGCGACGGACCUGAGAGUUUACAGCUGAUUAUUCGCACCGAGGAAGAUGUUCCAAGUGGUCCUCCUCGAGGGGUGGACGCAGAGACAGUGAACGCCUCAGCCAUUAGGGUGAAAUGGCGAGCGCCAGCCCCUGAGCUGCAGCACGGUCAGAUCCGAGGCUACCAAGUCCACUACGUGAAGAUGAACUACGGCGAGCCUCAGGGUCAGCCCUCCAUCAAGGACAUUCUUAUAGAGGAUUCGCAGUGGGAAUACGACCAAUCAGUUCAAUAUGAUGCGCUUCUUGGAGACUUACAGGCAGACACCUCCUACUCUAUCUCAGUAGGAGCUUACACUGCCAAGGGAGAUGGUGCCCGCAGCAAACCUGUUAGUGUCUGCACUGCUCUGCCUCUGCCUGAAAAACCCAAACUAAUGGUGAGUGCAACUGACACAGGCACCGCUCUGCUUCAGUGGUACCCACCCCAAAAUCCUCCCACACCACUCCUGGGUUACCGUCUCACCUUUGGCCGAGUUGACGUCCUUCCCUUCACGGUGGUGGAGUUUCCCGCCAAAGACAACCGAUACACAGCUGUGGACAUCCAAAAGGGAGCCAACUAUGUGUUCAGACUAUCUGCCCGUAACAAAAUGGGCUAUGGACAGGAGGCCGUUAAAGAAGUGGCCACAGCUGAAGGCACCCCAACUGGAUACCCAGAAAAUAUUAUCUCAGAGGACAUGUCUGCUAAUUCCCUACGCUUGACGUGGAAAUCAGUGCCGCUCGUUGAGCAAAACGGAAAAAUUGUCAAGUAUUCAGUGCUUUACAAAGAUAUAAACAGUCGGGGUAAUUCUUCAGAAGUUGUGGUGCCCACCCCAGGGUCAAGUGUUUUGUUGGAGGGUCUGAGUGCCGAUACUGUGUAUGAUGUCAGGGUGUGCGCGUUCACGGUCGUCGGGCCUGGGCCGUACAGUCCAGGUGUCCAGUUUAGGACGCAGCGGCUAGACCAAGUUUUUGCCACCAACUUCAGAGUGAAGGCAGCCAUGAAGAAUUCUGUUCUGUUGUCUUGGGAGGUCCGAGACAAGAAUCCUACCCAACCAUUUACUAUCCUGUAUGGAAAGGGCCAGUCUGUGGAGGUGGAUGGGAAGCAGACUCAGAAGCUGAUCACUGGUUUGCAGCCAGACACCUUGUACUCUUUCUUGCUUACCAACCGAGCCAACAGUGCCGGGGGCCUGCAGCACCGCGUCACCGCCACUACUGCUCCAGACAUCCUGAAAAGCAAGCCCAUCGUGCUGGGAAAGACCAAUGCUGAUGGCAUGGUGACUGUGCAACUUCCAUCUGUGCAGACGGCAGCUAAAGUCAAGGGUUAUUACCUGGUGGUGGUGCCACUGAAGAAACAGCGAGGAGGGAAGUUUCUGAAUCCAUGGGAGGACCCAGACCAGAUGAACUUAGAUGAGUUGCUGAGAGAAAUUAACCGUACCAGUGUGAGCCGAGCCCUCCGUAUCCGCAGACAAGCCGGCCAAUCAGAUCCCAGAGCUUACGUCAGCGCUAGCUUUAAAACCCUCCCAAUGGAGUUUACGCUCGGUGAUGGCCAAAAUUACGGCGACUACCGCAAUCGUCCAUUGCAGAAUGGCCAGGAAUACGUGUUCUUUGUGCUCGCCCUGCUUGACCUUUCAGAGAACACAAUGUUCUCCACUAGCCCGUAUUCCGAUCCCGUGACAUCAUCAGAUGUGGACCCGCAGCCAAUUAUUGACGAGGAAGAGGGCCUCCUCUGGGUUGUUGGUCCUGUGUUGGCUGUCAUCUUCAUUGUGUGCAUUGUCAUUGCCAUCCUUCUCUUCAAAAGCAAACCCGACAGAAAACGAGCCGAGGCUGAGGGCAGGAAAGGCAGUUUCCCCUGCAGCAAAGCUAUGUCAUCUCACCACCCCACUGAUCCUGUAGAGCUCCGCAGAAUCAACUUUCAGACUCCAGGCAUGGCAAGCCACCCCCCUGUUCCCAUCUCGGAGCUGGCAGAUAAUAUUGAGCGCCUCAAAGCGAACGACAAUCUCAAGUUCUCACAAGAGUAUGAGUCUGUUGACCCCGGUCAGCAGUUCACAUGGGAAAACUCCAACUUGGAAGUCAACAAACCAAAGAACCGCUACGCUAACGUCAUUGCCUACGACCAUUCCAGGGUUAUUCUCUCUGGCAUUGAGGGUGUCCCAGGGAGCGACUACAUCAACGCCAACUAUAUUGAUGGGUACCGGCGUCAAAAUGCCUACAUUGCCACUCAGGGUUCCCUUCCAGAGACCUUUGGAGACUUCUGGAGGAUGGUGUGGGAGCAGCAUACAGCCAAUAUCAUCAUGAUGACCAAGCUGGAGGAGAAGUCAAGGGUAAAGUGUGAUCAGUACUGGCCAACACGAGGCACAGAAACCUACGGCCUGAUUCAGGUCACUCUGCUGGACACAGUGGAGCUGGCCACAUACUCUGUCAGGACCUUUGCGCUUUACAAGAGUGGCUCCAAUGAGAAGCGUGAGGUUCGUCACUUCCAAUUCACAGCCUGGCCAGACCACGGGGUACCCGAGCACCCCACUCCAUUCUUGGCCUUCUUACGAAGGGUCAAGGCCUGCAACCCUGCCGAUGCAGGACCUAUGAUCGUUCACUGCAGUGCCGGAGUGGGCCGUACAGGUUGUUUCAUUGUGAUCGACGCCAUGGUGGAACGGAUCAAGCACGAGAAGACCGUGGACAUCUACGGUCACGUUACGCUAAUGCGCUCCCAGAGAAACUACAUGGUCCAGACUGAGGACCAGUAUAUCUUCAUAUAUGAUGCGCUGCUGGAAGCGGUGACCUGCGGGAACACGGAGGUCCCUGCCAGGAACCUGUACUCAUACAUCCAGCGGCUGACGCAGAUUGAGCCUGGCGACAAUGUCACCGGCAUGGAGCUGGAGUUCAAGCGCCUGGCCAGUGCCAAGGCCCACACAUCGCGCUUUGUCAGUGCCAACCUGCCAUGCAACAAGUUCAAGAACAGACUCGUCAACAUAAUGCCAUACGAAACUACGCGCGUCCCCCUGCAGCCAAUCAGAGGAGUGGAGGGGUCAGACUACAUCAAUGCCAGCUUUAUUGAUGGAUACAGGCAACAGAAGGCCUAUAUAGCAACCCAAGGACCGUUAGCAGAGACCACGGAGGACUACUGGAGGAUGUUGUGGGAGCACAACUCGACCAUAGUUGUCAUGCUCACUAAACUAAGAGAGAUGGGACGGGAGAAAUGUCACCAGUAUUGGCCAGCUGAGCGCUCAGCUCGGUACCAGUACUUUGUGGUGGAUCCCAUGGCCGAAUACAACAUGCCUCAAUACAUCCUCCGAGAAUUCAAAGUUACCGACGCCAGAGAUGGCCAAUCACGGACAGUUCGUCAAUUCCAGUUCACUGAUUGGCCAGAACAAGGAGUGCCAAAGUCAGGGGAGGGAUUCAUUGAUUUCAUUGGCCAAGUGCAUAAAACUAAGGAACAGUUUGGUCAGGAUGGACCAAUUACCGUGCACUGCAGCGCUGGAGUUGGCCGGACGGGCGUGUUCAUCACGCUGAGCAUCGUACUAGAGAGGAUGCGGUACGAAGGCGUUGUUGACAUCUUUCAGACUGUCAAGAUGCUGCGCACACAGAGACCUGCCACCGUUCAAACAGAGGACCAGUACCAGUUCUGCUACCGUGCCAGUCUGGAGUACCUAGGAAGCUUUGAUCAUUAUGCAACAUAA